AGCCGAGCCAGCCGGGCAGCCUGCUCCUACAUUUUCUAGUAAAAGUUUUACAGGUUGUGUUUUACACUUGACAUAACCCAUUUUGAUUUGUGUUUAGUUAAUGUUUGUUGGAAGUGUGAAGUUCAGGUUGAAGUUCACUCUUCUUUCCCCAGCUUUACAGACAAAUAACUGACACACAUCACUGUGUGAACCUGAGCAGACCACGUUUUUCCGGUACAAAGCGUUGUCCGAGAGGCUCGGCGCGGUCGAGUUGUUAAGCUGUGCCUGGAAGCUGAGACGUCGUCACCUGCGAGCUCGGCCGCAGACCAGUUUGUACUCAGCACUUCUCCCGGGGCGUGCGAGGAGCUGGUGGAAGGUGAUCUGGGCCUGGUUGAAAUGCGGCUUAGCACACCUCGCGCUGCAUAUUGAGAACUCUCGUCUGUGCACCAUGGCCUUGAACAGGGGCUUAGGUGCACGGGCCCAGAGGCCAGCUCUGCCCCAUCCUAGCUGUGUGACCCUGGGCCUCUGUGUCCUAGACACGCCCGUGCGUCUCAUUUGAGCGCGUGUCAGGUGCCACGAGGUGAGUGCUCGGUCGGGACCUGGCAGGAUGGGCACCGGACCUGGAUGUAUUUCUGCUGCUCGCCGGCUGUCCUGGUCUUGGAUGAGGGUCCAUAUUCCCGCAGGCAGCCCUGCUUCUGCUUCUCCUCCGUUCUUGGACGGCAGUGCAGCUGCCGGCCAACAGCACGGCCCUGGCUGGGCCCCCCUCAUUGAGGUGGCGGUCACACAGCUCCCUGCGCUCACCCAUGUUUGGGUCGUAGCUAGCCUGUGUGUCACCGGUUAGCCUGUCCUUCCUUUCUCGACAUCUUUGCUUCUGACCCUGCUGCUUAUUUCCUUUCAAAGGUUGCACUGUUACGACUCGCCUGGUAGGCUCCUUUAACUGACGUGCCUCUUUCGUCCUUUCUUGGCAGUAAGCAGCUCCGAGUCCCAUGCACAGUGAGGCGUUUCAGCGGCCGAGCGCUGGAGCUGCGGGUCCGGAGAGGACUGGGCUGGCCCCACCUCUCAGGACGGCAGCUGGCGUACAGCGUCACAUGAACUCCGGGCGUACAGCAUCGACUCAGCAGUUUCUGUAGGUCACUCAGUGUUCACCGACGCGUCAGUGUUUUUCUGAUCGGAGUCCUUGUUUACCGACUGUGGAAACGGAACACGAGAAAGUCAACAUGAGUAAGGCACAGAGCGCAGAUCCGGCCUCGUACCGCUGCUCCGCGUGCCAUGGGGACGAGGACUGGGGGCCCAACCACCCCAUCCGGGGCCGGGCCAAGUCCCGCAGCCUGUCUGCCUCGCCCGCCCUGGCGAGCACCAAAGAGUUCAGGAGGACUCGCUCUCUGCAUGGGCCAUGCCCGGUGACCACGUUUGGACCAAAGGCCUGUGUGCUGCAGAACCCCCAGACCAUCAUGCACAUCCAGGACCCUGCCAGCCAGCGGCUGACGUGGAACAAGUCCCCAAAGAGUGUUCUCGUUGUCAAGAAGAUCCGGGACGCCAGCCUACUGCAGCCCUUCAAGGAGCUGUGCGUGUAUCUGAUGGAGAACAACAUGAUUGUGUAUGUGGAGAAGAAAGUUCUGGAAGACCCUGCCAUAGUGAGCGAUGACAACUUCGGACCAGUCAAGAAGAAGUUCUGCACCUUCAGAGAAGAUUAUGAUGACAUUUCCAAUCAGAUCGAUUUCAUCAUAUGCCUGGGAGGGGAUGGGACCCUGCUGUACGCGUCCUCGCUGUUCCAGGGCAGCGUGCCUCCAGUCAUGGCGUUCCACCUGGGCUCCCUGGGCUUCCUGACCCCCUUCAACUUUGAGAACUUUCAGUCCCAAGUUACUCAGGUGAUACAGGGGAAUGCGGCUGUAGUUCUUCGGAGCCGGCUGAAGGUCAGGGUCGUGAAGGAACUCAGAGGGAAGAAGACGGCGGUGCCCAACGGGGUCAGCGAGAACGGCGUGCUGCCCGCGGACCUGGACGCGGAGGUCGGGAAGCAGGUCAUGCAGUACCAGGUCCUGAACGAGGUGGUGAUUGACAGAGGCCCCUCCUCAUACCUGUCCAACGUGGAUGUCUACCUGGACGGGCACCUCAUCACCACGGUGCAGGGUGACGGGGUGAUCGUCUCCACCCCGACGGGCAGCACAGCGUAUGCGGCCGCCGCCGGGGCCUCCAUGAUCCACCCCAACGUGCCAGCCAUCAUGAUCACACCCAUCUGCCCCCACUCGCUGUCAUUCCGGCCUAUCGUGGUCCCUGCGGGGGUCGAGCUGAAGAUCAUGCUGUCGCCAGAAGCAAGGAACACCGCAUGGGUGUCCUUCGACGGACGAAAGAGACAGGAGAUCCGCCAUGGGGACAGCAUCAGCAUCACUACCUCUUGCUACCCGCUCCCCUCCAUCUGUGUCCGAGACCCCGUGAGCGACUGGUUCGAGAGUCUGGCGCAGUGUCUCCACUGGAACGUGCGGAAGAAGCAGGCACACUUCACAGAGGAGGAGGAGGAGGAGGAGGGGGCGGGGGAGGGGGAGGAGGAAGAGGGGGAGGGCUAGGCCUGAGCUCCUGCUGUCCACACUAGGGACCCCAGAGACCCGAAGCUGCUCCGCUGCCUCGUUCCCACUUGCCCUCUGGGAGCAGGCUGACCUGAGCACAUGCGCUGUGAGCCCCGAGCAGGCAUCAGAAGUCACAGCACUUUCUUUUGUAGCUGGGGGGAAGAGCCAGGAAUCUGCCUUUUGUCGACCAGAUCAGCCAUUUUUAAUAUUUUAAAUCUGACGUCUUUUUGCAUUUCUAAACAAGAAAAGUGAGUGCUGGUGAGGGCUCGGAAGUCCACACCGGGGCGGUGCGCCCCCAUGCGGUCCCUCAGAGCCUGGUCCCAGGGCGGGGACCCCAGAGGGGGAUGUGCUCUUCCAUGAUUCCUUGUCAGGAAGCUCGUGCUUCAGUCAGUCCGUUGAAAUUCAGAGGGGAUCAGAACGGCUCGAUCUGUCUUUACUUGUCGAAAAUAAAUGUCUUGUAGCCAAAAAUCUUCCUUUAGCUACCACGAUUUUCCCCUUAAAUCCUGCACCUUUUCCCCUAAAAGGACUCGAAGGGGACGCUUCUGUAGAGAGCAGUUUGGUGUUUGAUUGGCUGAUACGUGGAGGGUCCCCUCCUUCCUGCCCCGCACCUGCACCUCCUCUGGGCGCACCUUCCUGCCUUGGUCUCCAGGCCCUCCCCUCCCCCACUGCUGUGGUGUGCGAGCCCAGCGGUGGCCCGGUGGGAGGUCAGACCCAUGCACAUUCCUCACCAAGCAGGGGCGGCCCCCUCUGCACCCUGGAAGGUAUUUUAAGUCCUGUGUACACUUUGUAGAGAUCAUUUUAAGCUUUUUGAACUGCUUAUGUACAGAUUUUAUUGUACACACUUUGAAGAUGACAGAGGGAGCGGGAUUUGUACUGUUACGAAAUGGAGCCUUGCUCCAAUGUUUACACGUGUUCUGUGUGGCACUGUGUGCUGGGACCACUCUGUUCAGUGUGCUUACCGUGGGGGUGACGGCCCGCGGGGUGAGAGGGUGCUUCUCGGUUAGUAAGCCGUGGUACUUGGACUGCAGCUAGAAGAUGGGGACGCAUUGCUUAGUGAGGAAAGAGGUGGUUGGGGACAUUUUGUGUUGAUUCUGCUCUUGCUUCUCCCCGUGGGUCUUGGGCUCGCGAGGAAGCUCCCAUCAUUCCAGCGGUCGCUCCACUGCCCACAGGCUGUGUAGGGCGUGUGCACGUGUGCUUGCCACAUGGGACCCAGAACCUGUGCGGUCUGGUGGGAGCCGUGGCUCAGUGCAUGUGGCUUUGGCCCGUGGUUAUUGUUGCCUGACAGACGUCCUACAUUGGGUAUCUGUUUCUGAGUAGCUGAUAUCUCUUGGAGCUGCAAUUUUUAUCUAUUGAAUUGGCAAGAAUAGAAGGGACAGAAACUGCCCUUUUUUCUUGGACCCGCUUCUGGGGUGACAGGGACGGUCCUGUGCUUUGUCUUGUGGAGGGUCACGUGCCUCAUUCUUGGGCUGAUAGAAAGGCUGGGGGCCCGUGCGGGCAGCCACCCUCAGCCAGGGGCCUCCAUAGAGCAGGCUUUGCGGCCUGAGCGUGGCCUCCCACAUCCAUGCUUUGGGGCUUCUGGCCCUCAGGGUGGUUCUUGGCUGAUGGCCUGGAGUUGGAAAGGGAGGGGGCCCACAUGGCCAUCCUGCAGGGGCGAGACGUGGUUAGGGGUUUGCUGCCCAGCCUCCCUUGGGCUGAGAGGGGCCCGAACCAAAACUCCCAGCUUUAGGUCCAAAAGACAGUGGCAUUUGGGAUUUGGGUCACUGGUUUAGACAAAAAAAAAAAAAAAAAAAAGGCAAGUAUUAACCAAGUCCAAAAGCAGCAUGAUUUGGAAUGAUCUAGAAAACUUUGGAUUUUUUGAAAUAAAUUCUUAAUGUUUCAUAUUGUUAAUAUCUCGAAAAUUUGUUAGAUGUCGUUGAAAGCCUUAUUACACUAUUUUCAGAUCCUUUCAAUAAACAGACUUGUUUAAAAA